GCUGACAUGCGCACAAGCGCGUGUGUGCUUGCACUGCAGAGCCGUUCCUAAUGGUCAAAUCAUAGCUCCACGCAUGCGGGUGGGAACGUGCGAGCUUGCGUCUGCCUGACUCCCCCCUCCCCUUCUCUCUCUCACACACACGUGCGCGCACACAUAUGCCGCAUCUUCUGUUCCGCUUCUCGCUUUCUGUAUUUUGUAUUUUUACACCUCUUUCGUUCUCUCUCUUCUCUUCGAUUUGUGUCUUUUCUUUGUUUUUAGUCCUGACUUCGAUUCCUUGUACGAGUUUUACGUUGACGUCGGACGUUCGCUCAUUUAAUAUAUAUAUGCAUUUUUAUAUCUCGCUCCCACCUGUGCUCCGCCCCAUGCGUCGUGGGCUCUGUACUCCACCCAGAGAAAUGCCAGCGACGUUCCUGUCAACGCGUACUCGGUGUGCAAUAGGAGAAGGGGGGGGGGAGGAGAGAGAGAUUCCGUUGAUUUUCUAUGCUUACCCUUCAUUGUCUCGCACGAUGUGCUCCGUGUUAUCAUCAUUCACAACAAAGCAAAACAUCAAGAAGAAAGGAAGAGGGAGGGGGUCUUUCUCUCAACCGUUUGAGCCGACGACUCGUCUUGAAGCAACGUGGGCACCCUCGCCUGUGCUCGCGUGUUGCAACGCCAAAACGCAAGGAUAGAUGGAGUAGAGUAAACAUGAUAAUAACAGUAUUAUAACACGCGUUUGUGCUGCUCGUGGACCGUGGCCGGUGUGCCAGCAGUGGCCCAAAUCUGGCUGCCGCGGCGGAGCCGUUGAGCCGCCACGGAGCGCAUCAGACUGUCCUUUCCGGUUUGCCCACCUGCACCUCUCUCCUCUCACGUCCGCCGCCUUUCUUCCCUUGACUUUUCGUUUUUACCCCUUCCGCGUGGUGACUGUGGAGGCGCCAUUCCUGCAGGGGACCGCAGGUGUAACGCCGCGAAGCAUCAGCUAUCUGCGUUCUAUUAUCAUCCUUAUAGAAUGCUAUUUCGGCAGCCGACACGCGGCGGAAUGUGCCACUAAAGCGAACCAUUUCCUUUUGAACAGUUCCGUGGCAUCGCGAAGCAUGGCAAGCAUCAACCAACAGCAACAAGAGUCAAAGGACGGUUAGGCUCGUACUGCAAAACUCCUGCAGGGGAGGGGGGGGGGAUCUCACUUCUUCUUGUCUGCAACCGUGACAAACGGUGCUGGACAAAACCGCAUGGGAGGCCGUCAACGCGCCGCGUAAAGCGAUGCGAGAGCAGGCCGAGUCCUUACGGCGUCUUUGCGCAGCACGGCGGAAGCGACACGUACCUCUAUCCAAUGCAAAAUGUCUCGAGUGUGUCCUGGGGUUGUUUUUUUGUCCUUUUCAGACAGAUGGAGGGGGAACAAGUGACGUGUAGCAAACGAAAACGCACCCACUUCCGAUGGGCGCUCUCUCGCUCUCCGAACCGAUGCACCCGACACGGCUAAGCAAAACAGAUCUACUCAAACAAACUUCUCGCCUUCGUUCUCGCUUCUCACUCCCCGCCCGCUCUCUCACUCUCUCUCUCUCUCUCUUCCUCUUUCCGUUUCAAGCAUCUUCCGUUGUAUACGUGCGAUUUCCUUCACAUGCGCCAGCGCACGAAGCACCGAAACACAGAUAUCGUCUGCUUUUUCUUUCUUUAAUGACAUCAUGAAGUUUCUUCUCCCUUCUCGUCUUCAUUUUUCACACAGUGAAAUCAGAGUCCCGUCAACACUACCGUUAUUAUUAUUAUUUAUGCUCUCUCUCUCGCUUCUGCGGUGGUCAGCGUUCAUGCGUGGGCUCCCUGAAGAUGUGGUAUUCCUUUCCCCGCAUUCAUUCAGUGGCGGUCCCACCUCCCCCGUCGAAUACAAACAUAUCCUCCUGUCGCCGUCUCAUCACAUGAAGGAGUUGCGCGCAGCCCACCCUCUACCACAACUCUUUUCUCGCACUUUUCUCGCUGCGCGUGUCUUGCUUGCCUUUUAUUCUUCUCAAGGAGCUUUGUAUAAAAGACACGGUGCCUUCCAGCUCCUUCACAUCGUGUGAGACGGAGGAGGCCACGUCCAAAUACAUACAUACAUACGAGCAUCUCGAAAACAUGGAGGGAGGAAACCCACCUCCGCGGAACCGUCCGCAGCCGCUGGCCAACGACCCUUUUGAUGAGGACGAGAUCGCCAAGAGGGCAAACGACGAGGUCCCUCGUCAGCGCACCGCCUCUGUGGGCCACGGCUUCCAGGUGCAGGGCUCCGUUGCGGACUUCGACCCGGGCACGCUCAAGACGGGCAGCGUGUCGGGCAACUUUGCCCUGCCGAUGUCGUGGCGCAAGCUGAACUACAGCGCUGGCGAGCUGCGGAUUCUGUGCGGGCUGACAGGGACCGCGCUGCCUGGCCGCUGCCUGGCCAUUCUUGGCUCGUCCGGUGCCGGCAAGACGACGUUCCUGAACGCUAUCUGUGAUCGGCUGGCGGAGGACCGACACCUGAAACUGAGCGGCCGUCGACAGCUCGGCGAUGUGGAGUACGAGCGGCACUACCGCAAGGCGAUGGGCUUCGUGGCGCAGGACGACAUCGUCUCGUCGCUGUCGACGCCGUACGAUGCGUUGUGGUUCUCGCUGCGCACGCGUCGUGGCACUGACCGCGCGGAGACGGAGGCGCGUGUGCAGGAGGCGCUGGAGGUGCUGCGCCUGCAACACUGCCGCGACACGAAAAUCGGCAUUCCCGGUCUGGAGGCCGGUCUGUCCGGUGGCGAGCGGAAGCGCUGCAACAUCGGCGUGGAGCUGAUCGUGGCACCGAAGAUUCUGCUGGUGGAUGAGCCGACGUCCUGUCUGGGCUCCGUGCUGUCUGCGAAGGUCGUGCGCCCGCUGCCGCAGCUGUGGCGGAUGGGCCGCGUUCUACUGCGCGACCGCAGACGGUUCCCGUGGUGGGUUCGGGGUGGUGCUUUGCGAUGCGCCGGUGCCGCCCCACCCCUUCGCUUCGCAGCGUGUCGUUUGUUUGCGUGCGUUCGGAGGCUCCGCUCGGCCCUCGCCCCGGCGUUUGCGUGGCGAGGGAGAAGCAGACGAACUGGCGUUGGUUCUGCAUCGACUCGCCCGCCUGUGUGCCCGGCAUGA